AUGGCGGAACUCGACGCUCCCUCAUUCUCUCUAGGUCUCGAUCUCGACGACACACCCCCACCUUCUCCACCUCCCUCCCCCAUCCCCGACCCGCUCCUCAUAGUCCCCGACUCCGAUCCGGAAACCCGAUCCGAUCCACCUUCUCGUACUCUCAAACGCCUCCGUCGAGGCCCCCCUUCAUCCUCCGUCCACUGCGAAACGCAACCGCAGCCUUCGUACUUCGACGCCGACGACGAUAUCGAGGAGUUCUCUUCACCAGAAAAACCCGUUCAAGUGUGUAGAAGCUCGGUUCAAAAUAACUCUAUAUGUAGCAGCUCAAAAGUCUCACUGAAAAGCAUUGGAGUUUUAACUCCUCAUUCAUUUACCAACUCUAGGGAGAACAAAAGAAAACACGCUUCUAGUCCUCUUUGCAGGUUUCAAUUGCUUGAUUCCGAUGAUGAUGAUUCUGAUGAUGAUAUGUUUAGCGAGGAAGAUGUUGACGGUGUUAAUAAAGUUGGCCCCUCAGGGCCAUUUGGUAACCAAAGCACACCUUUCACUUCUUUGGAACAAGAUGGAAAGACACAAUUUGAUGGGAACAAAAGCCGGGAUUUAUGGAAAGAUCUUUCUCCGGUGAAGAAUUUUUCCGUUCCUACACCUGCGUUCAAUGAGAUGUAUGAAGAGUACUUUAGUUCUGUCAAGAACACGGAAGUGCCAAGAUCAGGGAUUGGUAUAUCGGAGAAUCACAAUGAGAUGUAUCAUGGAGUUGAUUCUGGUUGGAAGCAUGAUGAACAGAUAUGGGAGGCGGCAGGUCCACUUCCUCCUGCUCAUCGUUAUUUUUUCCACGAGGAUUCAAGAAUUCAAAAUUUGGUACGAAGUCGCCUGUGUAAUUUUUCUCCAUUAGGUGUUAAUGGAGCGAAUCAGCAACAAAAUGUCUCUCACAUUGAUUACAUGGGACAAUUUGAUAAUGGAGGAGCUUCUAAAACGCCAGGAGUUCCUAGAGGACGUGUUAAUGGCUCAACAAGCAGAAGAAGCAAAUCAGUUGAUUUGAAUGUUCAAGAAACCUUUAAUGCUUCUGAAGGUUGGGUGGAUCCCAAAAUCAGCGGCACUAUGCCGAAAGAUGCAGGUAGAAGACGCGUCCAAGCAAGUGGUCAAUCUGCUGGUCAAUCUACUGGUCAUUGGUUUACAGGAUCCGAUGGAAGAAAGGUUUAUGUCAGCAAAAAUGGACAAGAGAUGACUGGCCGAAGUGCUUAUAUACAUUAUCGGAAGGAGAGUGGAACAGGAUUCAAGAAAUCCAAAAAGAAAACAAGUACCAAGAAGGCAAAUGCCAAGAAGCGAAACUAA